AUGAUUGCGAUGGUGAGAUAUGUUUGUUGUGGAAAUGGAACGAUAAAACAUCGUUUGAGGGGCGACAUUCUGAGCAAGUCCAACAGUACACAUGGGAAUGCAAUGCAUAAUCGUUUUGAAACAUUAACUGCCAUUAUUCAGGGAUGCAUAUCCGGUGUAGACACAUCAGUGUAUAAAAUGGGUUGUCGAAGGAAUUUCGUCGAUGCCAUUCUAUGCCUAUGCAACGAUCACGAUCAUUGUAACAAUCGAGUCGACGAAGCGAGUUUAUCGCAAAUGCAACAAAUUCAGUUGCCAAAUAUACAAUGUAGAAAUUAUGCUGAAGCGCCUUACAUAACCACCUAUUCGAAGGAGAACCUUUGCACGGCUAACUACUGCUUUUACGCUGAAACGGAAGUUGCAAAUUUUAUUGGUGAACGUGAAGUGUUAACGAUGGCCAACUGUGGUCAACUUCCACAGUAUGUGUUCGAUUUGACAAUCUCAUCAAUAUGGCCCGGUCCUGCACUUCACACUGGCGGAUGCUAUCUGCUGCAGAUACAAGGCGAGAAUCUGAAUCUUGGUUGCAUUUGUGCCGAAGACUCGUGUAAUGCGGUAGCUCCGUACCCGGUUCAAAAAGGUACCGUUAAAUGUCAUCUUGCUUACGGAGCAUCGGACGAGAAAGCAGUUGAGAACGAGACUUGUAAUGGUGACUAUUGCCUACUUCAAAAGACGGAUCAUCCCACUUUUGGAGUGCAAUAUUUGAAAGGAUGUCUGAGUGUUAAUGAUACAAUGGCACCAAGCAAAAUAACAGUGGGACAUCGUAACAUUCUUGGUUUGGAUCACUGGCUGUGUAACGAUGAUCUCUGCAAUGCAGAUUUGAAAACGGUCACAACUUCCAUCAAGAAUCCUCCCUCUACUCCUCUCCAAGCAUUCACUUCAUCAUCAAAAAACUCGUUAUGCCUACAAUCCGAACGUAUUGCUUCAAUAAUUUUUGUCAUUCUUAUUCUAAGGAUCGUGAUAGUUGCAGAGUAA